CCAGUUCAGACAAGCCCUUGCCCCGCUCCUGCGGCGGCGGCGGCGGGUUUGGUGCGACACCGUCCUGACAUGUUGUAACUGGUUUCCACACCCACCGCGCCUGAGAGCGACGGGAAGUACCUGCGAUGAGCCCUGCGCCGCCUUGACUCUCCGCCGCGAUCCCAGCGAGCCGGGUCGAACCGCCCCGACGAUCCGGAGGCGAGACCCUCAGCGCGGGUCACCGGCGCAGUACGUACAUUUCAUCAGCUCACGAAUGGAAGUUUAAGAGACUUUGUACAAAAUAUAUGUGAAAAUGGAGACUUCAUCUUUGCUGUCAUCCUUACAUGAUGAAUGCAGACCAGACAACUAUAUUGAACCUCAUUACAAGGAAUGGUACCGAGUAGCUAUUGAUGCUCUAAUUGAAGGAGGUUUAGAAGCCUACAAGGAAUUUCUUUCCAAAGAGAGAUGCUCAGAGUUCCUAGCAGAUGAGGAAAUCGACUAUAUUUUGAACAAUGUUCACAAACUUCCCCAAAGCACUAUUUAUUCCUCUAACAAUGCUAUUGAUGACACUUCUUCCUCGGGAACGUACUGGCCCAUUGAAUCAGAUGUGGAAGCUCCAAAUCUUGACUUAGGCUGGCCCUACCUGAUGCCUGGAAUUUCUGGUGGUACAAAUGUUGAUCUGCUUUUUCAUCCACCACGAGCACAACCUUACACCAUAAAGGAAACUAUUCGGAAGAUGAUACGAGAUGCCAGAAAGGUCAUUGCCAUCGUUAUGGAUAUGUUUACAGAUGUGGAUAUUUCAGAGAAAUUGUUGAGGCAUCUGCUAGAGGGGAUUGCAGUGUAUCUCCUGCUUGAUGAGUCAAAUUUCAGUCACUUUCUGAAAAUGACGGAGAAACAAGGCUGUCAAGUUCAGAGGCUCAGGAACAUGAGGGUGCGGACAGUGAAAGGACAAGAUUACUAUUCCAAAACAGGAGCAAAAUUCCAUGGAAAAAUGGAACAAAAAUUUCUACUUGUUGACUGUAAGAAAGUCAUAUAUGGUUCUUACAGCUUUAUGUGGUCGUUUGAAAAAACCAACCUCAGUAUGGUUCAGGUUAUCACAGGACAGCUGGUUGAAUCCUUUGAUGAAGAGUUCAGGACACUGUAUGCCCGUUCUGCUGUUCCUAGCUCGUUUGCCCCAGAAUUAGUGAGGGUAAACAGUCGGAGGACACUCUGGGAAAAUGACACAUACCAACACUCCGUGUCUUCCUUGGCUUCAGUUUCUAGCCAAAGAAACCUUUUUGGUAGGCAAGACAAAGUUCACAAGAUAGAUCCUGUUUGUUGGAAAACUCGUGGAAGAUAUGCAGUAAAUGAAAUAGAGAAAUAUGGCUUGAGAAAUCAAGCCUAUAAUAAACAACCAUUUCAUCCAGGUUUUAAUGUGCAAACUCCUAUCCAACAGUAUCAACCUAGUGAAAAAAAUGAACACUGGAAGAGACAUAGUUAUGCUGGGGAGAAGCCAGAAAGGACGCCUUACUUACUGCUCAACAGAGCUAUUAAUAGAGCCAACAAUCCAUCAAAUCCUUGGAAAAUGCCCUCUGACAGCCUCAGCAUUGUUUCUUCAUUACGAGGAGGAUAUGCAAAUAACUAUAACACACCCCAGCAGAGUUUUGCUGAUCAGUUUUCACGCCCAAAGGUAAACCUUGCAGAAAGAAAUUCAAUUGUACGGAGGUCUUUCAACGGGACAGAUAAUCACAUCCGCCACCUGCAGCAAAGGAUGCCGACCCUCGAACACACAACCAAAUCUUUCCUGCGUAACUGGAGAAUUAAGUCAUAUUUGAAUGAUCAGUCAGAUUAUCCAGUAGAGUCUAAUGGGUCAGCUUUGGGUGACAGGUAUGAGAGCUAUGACCCACCUGAAACUAUCAAAGCUCAUGCGCUGUAUUCUCAUUCUCGCUUACGAUCAUCCCUGGUGUUUCAGCCAACUCUGCCUGAACAGCAGGAAGUAAGCAGCUGUGCAAGUUCUUCAAAUUCAACUAUAAUUGGAUCAGAGGGAAGUGCAACACCAAAAGGGACAUCUAAUCAUGCUCCAAGUGUGGAAAAUGGAACUGAUAAUACUUCAGAAGAGCUUGGCACAAACGUCCCGCUUAAAUCAGAUGCACCAAAAAACCACAGAAUUCAUACUGCAGACAACACAAAACCUAAUGUAAAUUCCAGUGCAGGAGGUGACUCAUCUCUCUACUUGUACACAACGCUGUGUGCAGACAAACAUGCAGAAAAUUUGAAGAAUCUUCAGAAUGAAAAUAUGCUAAAAAGGAGAAGCUUUCCCAUGUUUAAUUCAAAGUCCAUAUUAGACCCUGGUUCUAACAAACAUACAUCCAGUUACAUUUAUAGCACAUUGACUAGACAUAGGCUUAAGCAGCCAGUUAGUCCAAAACUUCCAGAGGACACACUGAAGAGCUCUAAAAGUUUGCACAGUGUGACCAACCACCUGCCCCAGGAGGAAAAGGACCUCAAAGGAGAGCUGAAGAGCCCAGCUGCCAGCAAGGCAAUUUCUAUGGCUGCUCUCACUGAAACUAGCAAAGAGGAGUCUAGUAAGGAUUGCACAACAAAGAAAGAAAGUAAGAGUUCCCCAAGUUUCCUAAAGAAAGGAUCCCAGAAACUGCGGUCACUUCUUAAUCUCACACCAGACAAGAAGGAAAACUUGUCAAAAAACAAAGGUCCUUCAUUUUACAGAAUGUGUAGUAGUUCUGACACAUUGGUUUCUGAAGAAGAGAAUCAAAAACCAAAGAUUUCUGAGAAUAAGACAGAUUCUUCCCCAAGGAGAAAGAGAAACACAUCAUCAAAUUCUCAAGGUAGUUUGAACAGAAGUAAAGAGGAUGUCACUGGAAGCCCAACAAAGUCUCCUAAGUCCCCAAAGUCACCGAAAUCUCAAAAAUCUCCAUCUGAUGAAGGCAAUAGAAAGUGUCCUCUCUUGUGCCCCAUUGAAACUAAGUUCAUAGAGACCGCAGGAGAUGCAUCUACUCCAAGAUUCAAUACAGAACAGAUUCAGUAUCAGGAUGUGAAAGAAAUUAGCACAAAUGCUACUCCUGAAAGUGCCCCUGUUGCUGCUCUUCAAAGGGCAAGUUCAAUGAUGCCACAGCCGGCCAGCUCCAAACGUCAAGAGGAGCUGAGACCUCGCUUGAGUGAGAGGCGUGUUUAUAGCCGCUUCGAGCCCUUCUGCAAGAUGGAAAAUCCACCUGUAGGAAAUGCACCCAACAGCAGCUCACAUCUCUCAGAUAUCAAAAGCAAGACCUUGGGGAAUAAUUAUGGCAGGAGUAAUCACAUGGUCAGCUAUAACUCGACUGCUUACCAUCCAUUGCCACCUAAUGAAAAUAAGCUGCGAGGAUUUAUGCAAAAGUUUGGGAACUUCCUGCACAAAAGCAAGUAG